AUGUAUUAUAAAUUUUGCGCAUGCGUUUGCGCAUGUGACAGGAAAUUCAAGAAAAAAAUUUGCACUAUACUAAUGUUUUUUGGUUAGUGUAAGAUGUUUGACAACUUAAAUCAUUAAAAAUGAAAGUUUUUUUAACUUUUCGAAUAUUUCUUUGCAUAUUAAUUUUAAGGGAAACUUGCCCACAACAUUUAAGAGAGAAUGGGACUGUGACAGACCUGUAUUUAAUAAGUGAAGAAAAUAUUGAUCAAAUGAGAAGGGUUCUGGAUAGGGGCCCGUACUUUGAUACUUCUGCUACUAAAAACGUCACAUCCUUAGUUGGAAAAACUGGACAUUUAAAUUGUCGCAUUAAAAAUCUUGGAAAUAAAACGAGACUUGGUUACAACCGGAGAUACUUAACUCCGAAGUUUUCCCAGGUGUCAUGGAUAAGGCAUAGAGACUUACAUCUGCUUACUGUUUCUGAAAGCACUUACACUUCGGAUCAGCGCUUCACUUCCAUUUACAAUAAGCAAACUGGAGAUUGGUCGUUACAGAUCAAGUUUUCUCAACUAAGAGAUUCGGGAAUCUACGAAUGUCAAGUAUCCACAACACCACCAGUGGGAUAUACCAUGGUAUUUUCAGUUGUUGAGCCUAUUACUAGUAUCCCUGGCGGUCCAGAGAUUUACAUUGAUUUGGGAUCAACAGUUAAUUUAACUUGCGUUAUAAAACACUUACCGGACCCGCCAACUUCAGUGCAGUGGAAUCAUAACAAUCAGGUUUAUUGGUCGACGAGGAUGUCGGGGCGAGUCGCAACUUCCAGGCUCUUUGCGAGCGGAUCAAGGAGAUGGCGGACGCGAUUCGUGAAUUCGCAUCAAAAAGCGUUCACACCCCCUCGGGCCCCGCACAUGGGCGAACUAUAGGAGGUGUCAAAACUGGCGAGGGGCCAUUGCCCGACCAGGCGGGUCUCAGUUGCUUGCGACGUUGAAGCCGCCUCGUCAGUCAGGCAACUGUGCUGGCUGCGAUGGUCCCGGGAAUAUUUUCUGUGCCUUCAAGUUCGGGGCAAAUCGUCGUCGUCGUCGUGGCAGAGGAAAACCUGCCGCCUCAACAGCGGCUGUUGGGAAAGCUUAUAGCGACGUACGCAGGGGAGGUCGGCAUGGUCAGAACCGUCGACCUUAGAAGGAUCGACGGAUCAUUGUUUCGGAGGGCUAUCCACAAACUGGCGCCGCUUUUGUUUGUUGGCUGAAGUUAUAGAAUGUAAUUUAUUGUUUUUUGUAUGGAGUAAACAAACAUUUUAACACAUUUAGAGGUAGAGAGAGCAUAAUAAAGGUCUCUCAUCCCUUAAGUGGAUUAUGUGGAAAUAUAUGUUAUGUCGAAAUUUAAAACAGUCAAGCGCACACUACUCUCUUCGUCGCUGCCAAAUAAAUGAAUUAUUUUUACCACCCA